AUAUAGAAAAAAGGAAAAUAGCGAAUCAAUCAAAUAAUCUUCUUAUACCAAGUCCCUCACAUCUACACCCUCAAAACUCAAACCCCAUUUGCAGUAGGUAAAAAAAUUGUUAGUGAAACUUUUGAAGAUUGAAAAAAAUGGACCAAAAUGUGUUAGAUGAUAUUAUAAGUAGGCUUCUUGAAGUAAAGGGUAAACCAGGGAAGCAAGUAGUGUUAACAGAGGCUGAAAUCAAACAGUUGUGUUUGAUUUCUAAAGAGAUUUUCUUGAAACAGCCUAAUUUAUUGGAACUUGAAGCACCCAUCAAGAUUUGUGGUGACAUUCAUGGUCAAUAUUCUGAUCUUCUGCGGCUUUUUGAGUAUGGUGGAUUGCCUCCUCAAUCAAACUAUUUAUUUUUAGGGGAUUAUGUUGAUCGUGGCAAGCAGAGCCUAGAGACUAUAUGUCUUUUACUUGCAUACAAGAUAAAAUAUCCCGAAAACUUUUUCUUGCUUAGGGGAAACCAUGAAUGUGCUUCCAUAAACCGCAUAUAUGGAUUUUAUGAUGAAUGUAAGAGAAGAUUUAAUGUUAGAUUAUGGAAAAUCUUCACAGAUUGCUUCAAUUGUCUGCCAGUGGCUGCCUUAAUAGAUGAAAAAAUUCUAUGUAUGCAUGGAGGCCUCUCUCCCGAUUUGAACAAUUUAGACCAAAUCAGAAAUCUCCAGCGCCCGACGGAUGUGCCGGAUGCUGGUUUGCUCUGUGAUUUGCUUUGGUCUGAUCCUAGUAAAGAUGUUCAGGGAUGGGGAAUGAACGACCGCGGAGUUUCAUACAUUUUUGGCGCAGAUAAGGUGACGGAAUUUCUUGAGAAGCAGGAUUUGGAUCUUAUCUGCCGUGCUCACCAGGUGGUGGAGGAUGGGUAUGAGUUUUUUGCUAAUCGGCAACUCGUAACCAUAUUUUCUGCACCUAAUUAUUGUGGAGAGUUUGACAAUGCUGGCGCUAUGAUGAGCGUAGAUGAGACGCUAAUGUGUUCCUUUCAAAUACUAAAACCUGCUGAAAAGAAGUCCAAAUUCAACUUUGGAAGUACAACUACUGCUAAACCGGGAUCUCCCACUGGAAUGAAGUCCUUUUUUAAUGCCAAAGUGUGAGAGUCAGCUUCACACGGGGAUUAAGCAAGAACUGUCCGACGCUUAAAGUUACUGUUUACUGCAGUCCUUUCUUAAUGCCAGAGUAUGAGAGCCAACUACUGGAGUUGCCACAGAAGGCAUUAAGAGUGAAUAGGUUAAUUACCCAAACUUGAUGAUCAUUUUAACCAUGGUGGACAUGUAAAAAGUAUGAGAAAAUGAUGGAAAACCAUACUUGUCACUGUUUUUUUGCCUUUAUAUGUUGUUGGGGAUCAACAGAGAGCUCAAAAUUCUUUUUUUUCCCUGUUUCAAUUGUAAGCUAUGCAUCUCUUUAUUUUAUGCAACUAAUCUAUAACGUUUCAGGUCUCUC